AUGAUCUGGUGCAUGCAUGUGUUUUUGUCGACAGGAGGAGCCUUCUCUUUUGUGGACUGUAGUUCUGCAGAAUGUUGACAGUUCCUCGCAGUGAAAAUGAGAAUAUCGAGAAUAUUCUCUGUGACUAUAUUCGUGAUUCCUUUUCAUAUAUAUGAAAAGGAAUCACGGAUUUCUGUCCCUUUCGUAGUCGUCGUCAUGAACACACUUCAGGUGAAGGCGUAGUUACAGUAGCUAACUUGAACCGAUAUCUAUUCGGUCACUGAACUGUAUGUGCACGGAAAUGGAAAUGCGGAAGUAAGAAAACAGGGUCUUCCGCACACGGGGCUCCUCCAGUGCCCCCACUUCGCAAAACAGAGCCGCCUGUGGCUUGCUAUUUAAAAGCUAACUGGACUCUGGUUUAUCUACAUUGCUUAAGUUUAACCUUACGUAACGAAAAUCGAUGUCGAGAUGUAUUUCGGAAGUGCUUGGCGAUUCAGCUCGAGAGCCGCUGCUUCCAACUCGUUUGGAAGAUUCAAGCCAGGACUCGGAUGCAGAAGGUGAAGUUGUUUUUGAACGAAUUUACACAAGUGAUGGUGAGAAGAGGGAACUAAAGAAAUUGUCUUAUGAAGAGGCAGUUGAAGCAGCAGGUUUUGGCUGUUUCCAUGGCCUUCUGUUGGUGGUCUGCGGAUGGGCUAACGCCAGCGAUGCGGUGGAGAUCUUGUGCGUGUCAUUCCUGUUGCCCACAGCGCGGUGUGAUCUGCAGCUUGGCUCUGCAGACAUGGGGCUGCUUACUGCCAGCAUCUUCCUAGGAAUGAUGGUUGGUGGAUACAUGUGGGGCUACCUUGCUGAUCAGAGUGGGCGCAAAAAAGUCCUUGUGAUCUCCCUGGCUGUGAAUGGCGUGUUUGGGGCACUGGCAAGCCUGGCACCCUGGUUCUGGCUGUUCCUGGCACUGAGGUUCAUCAGUGGGGUGGGGGUGGGUGGCUCCAUCCCAGUCAUCUUCUCCUACUUUUCUGAGUUCCAGCCGUGCAGCAGGAGAGGGACCAUGAUCAGUGCUCUUGCCACUUUUUGGAUGGCAGGAAACAUACUGGCAGCAAGUCUAGCCUGGCUGGUCAUUCCCAGCACCUCUUCCAGGUUCAUGCUGGGCUCGCUGGACUUCCAGAGCUGGAGGGUGUUUGUGGUGCUCUGCUCCAUCCCCAGCCUCUCCUCUGCCUUCAUCUUCAGUCUGGCUAUGCCUGAGAGCCCCAGAUUUCUCAUGGAGGCUGGACAGGAAGCAGAGGCCCUGGAAGUGUUCCAGAUGAUGUUUAAUCUCAAUCACAAAGGCAGUUACAAGUCAUUUCAAAUAACCGGGCUGGCCAUCACGCUUGGUUCUGAAAGAGAGAGGGCAGAACUAGCCAGAGGUUCAGGAUCACAUCGCCUCACUCACCUUUUCAAAAAGGGUCUGGCGCCAAUCUGGCAGCUUUUCACCAAGCCACUCACAACAAGAAGCAAUGUGCUGAUCAUCAUUUUCUUCUGCAUAUCGUUUGGCUAUUAUGGCCUCUGGAUGUGGUUGCCAGAGCUCUUCAAGAGGACAGCGGAUGGGGGCUCCCCGUGUGCAAACACGUCCCGCCCCUCUGGCCCUCGGUCCAGCGAGAACGAGAGCUGCUAUCCUGUCAAAACCACAGUUUACAUGGAGGGCUUCAUCACAGCAGCUUCCAACCUACCUGGAAACAUCUUCACUAUCCUGCUUAUGGACUUUGUUGGAGGGAAGAUACUACUUUCAUGCAGUUUGCUGCUGUCAGGCAUCAGUGUGUUUUUCAUCUGGCUGGUGAAGACUAAAACACAGAGCCUGGUCAUGUCCUGUGUGUUCAGUGCAGUCUCGGUCAUCUCCUGGAACGCCCUAGAUGUGGUCAGCACUGAGCUGUAUCCCACCCACUUACGGUCCUCUGCGCUUGGCUUCUUCACUGGAGUGAGCAGGAUAGCGGCCAUCUUGGUGUCUUGAUUCCAAAAAUGCACUUUAGGAGCAUCUGACCAAGCUGUAAUGCACGUGCUGAUUUAUGAUGGCAGCAAAUAAAACCAUACAAGUCCACACAAGUAAUGCUUCAACACCUUUAUUGUGCCCAAUCAGAACAUACUCCACAUCUGUAGGUAACCGCAGCAAGGUUUGCAGACCAAUGAGGUAGAGACUUUCCAAACUCUAAAAAGCAGCUGGGCUAGGCAACAUGGCAACAAGCUCAGCAUGGGAAACUGAUAAUGGGAAAAGAAAUACUAAAUUACUGGUCCUUUGGCACACAGCUUCAUAAUUAUGCAAAAAAGAGGGGAUGAGGAAGGAAUAAAAGGCUGUGGGAAAGGAGAGAAUGAGAAGGGGAAAGGGAAAGGAGGAAGCUGCAUUAGGUCUACACUGGCUCAUACAUUCUAGGGAGGUUAGAGUUCUCUACAUUCAACAGGAAACAAGCAACUUUUCAAAAAAGGGUCACACCCAUGAUGACAAUACCUGCCCUUCUGCUGAUGUACCAAAAAGAAAAGUGUUUAAAAACCACUGUCACCCCUUUCUGAAGUGCAAAUUAAAAAGUGCAAUUAAUAAAAACUAUGUACACAAUCUCA